AAGUCAGUUCAAAUGCUAUCCGUGGACAGGCGGCUCAUUGUCAGGAGAGUUGCAGUGCGAGCAGGAGGGAGAGAAGAGAGGCACAGGUACAGCAGCAGCUACUGCAGCAGCACUUCAGCCCCAGCAUCACAGAGAAAAUACACACACACACACACACACUCUGCUACACUCAACUGGUAAGUUACACACGCAGACAUAUGCUGCAACCGCACACAGCACACACUUACAUGGCACUGACUGGCACAUGAGGAGGGGCUUCGGGUCUAAUGGAUUGUUUGGAAUGCGUGGUGUGGCGAGGACAGGCUGGGGUCUCUGCACAGAGCAACUUAACUAAGAGUAGUGAAGAGGAUAAAAGAGCAGGACAAUGUCCAGGAGAGACCCAAAACUUCAGCAGGCAUCUAGGGCUCUUUGAAAAUCCUGGAAAGAGGCAGAAAAAUCCAGUUUUUGCAUUUGGCAUCUUGUUGUUGUUGUUGUUUUUAUUUCUGUAGAUUGAUUUUUAUGAAUUUCCAUCCAUGUAUCUGAGAAAGGGAAAUUUACUGGUAGAAAUGUGUCAUUUUAAUGUUUUUCCAGAAGUAAAAUGCUAAUUAUUUGUUGAGGUGGAUUUAAAUGUCAAAGUUUCACUGGUUUUCAUUUCAUCGUCACAUUAGCUUUUAUGACGUUUGUGUUGUAAGAAUGCAUGCAAAGCUGGAUGCAGAUGUUGAGCUGAAAUACUUAGAAAGCUGAUCCUUGAUUUGAGAUCAACAUUUGCUUUCAAUUCAUCAGUUAAAAUGUUUGUCAAGCAAAGAUGCCAAAAUGUGAUGGAAUUACAACCUCCACAUUACGAGCUUCUGCUAUUUUUUUCUUUGACUUGCGUUACUACAAUUUUUUAGUUUUUGCCAGAAAAAAUGAGAAAAUGUAAGACGUCUCCUUAAAUUUCUGGAAACUGUAGCAGGUGUUUUCUUAAAAUUUGAUACUCAUAAAUUGAAGCCUUGGGUAUUUUUAAAAUGUUUACAUUUUAAAAGCCAACAGGUAUGUAACCUGUGACAAACAUGAAGUGGAAACUGUAGUCAUGCAAGCAGUGGACUGGUACAGGUCUCAGCAGUUUCUCACUGAUAAGCACUACAGUGUUAACAGGAAUAGAAUUAAUCUGCACCACUAUUUUGAAUGUCAUGCAGAAGUAAGAUAGUUCCCCUCUGACUAUCUUCAUCUUUACAUCCAUUACAAUCAUCUAUUCUAUAUUUCUAUAUCAUACAGAUGCAAACUGCAGUUUUGUGAUUUUGCUUAAGUGAACUCCAGUAAAGUUUUGGCUAUCAGUCCAAAAAAGAAAAAGAAAAAAAAGAAGGAUGAAGAGCGCAGAGAAAAAGAGAUGGAGAAGCGAAAAGGGGCCAGGAGGUAGAGGCGAACUUCUCACAGAUAACUUCCUAAUUUCAGACAAGGAGAAGAUCUGUGAGAAACGAAGAAGUGAAAGGUUUCAGGUUGAAACCUGAAAGGUGUGGGUGUCAACGCCACACCGUGCAAGCGUGUGUGUGUCCGCUUGCAUUCCUUCCACAGGAAUCUUCAGAGAAGUGGUUUCAUGUCAUAAAUAGAAACAGGACACAGUUUCAUUUGAUGCACUUUUGUCAAGUCUUUCUCCAAAUGUUACAACUGGAAAUAUAUGUAAGCAGUGGUGGAAAGUAAACACAUGCAAGAACUGAACGUGAAAGCAAAUGUGAGGUAUUUAUAGUUUAUUUACUUCCUUAUUUGUAUAGAUUUUAUUUGACAGCUACUUGCUAUUUUUCAAAUUAAGAAUUAAAAUAAAUGCAUAUGAUGGAAAGUAUAUUACUGAUUUUCAAACCAGUCAUUCACAGUGUAUUAUUUUGCAAAAUGGCAAUGCCCCUCAUAGAUAUGAGUUCCUGCUUGAGAUUUCUGAGGUUUAACCAGCUUGUUUUUGCACCACGUUGUUUUUUGCUAAAUCCUUUCUUCACCUUUAUGAUGUUUUCCCCCAUCAAUGUCAAGAAAGCAUGAUAAGAUGGAUGCGUUUUUGUGUAGUCAGUAGCAGUUAUUUCUGAUUGUGUCAUUCUUAUAAAGAGUGUAUAAAGAGUCCCAUUAAAUACGUGUUAAUGUGUGAAACAUUCAAAACUAGUGGAUACUGGGGACAAAUGUAAUAUAUUUUUUAAAAACAUUUUCCUCACAGGCUAAUUGAAAUACACUUGUCAUCUCCUGAUAAACAAAACACAAAUGUGCACCAACUAAUAGUACAACUGAUAUCUUGUCAAUAAUGGGAACAGGGCUAAAAUACCUAUUUUAAUGCAAGAAACCAGAGUUUUACAACUGAGCCCUUGAUGGGGGAAAUAGUAACAGAAGAGGGUGGAAAAUGUAACACUGAAAAAAUACAUCAUACUAACUGGGUAAAUCUCAAACAGAAGCAAUCUUCAAAGUAAUCACCUUACUAACUAAAAAUGUUCAGCCUUUGCACUUUCAAAUUUAUUUUGAUAUCAGGCAAUCUGUGCAUUCAAGGCAAACAUCUCUUUUGAUUUUCCCAGCAACAUUGGCGACUAUUCCAGAACCAACUAGAUUUUGAUUCUGUGAACUGAGUUAAAAGUACAUUUAACUCAAAUGCACAGACGAUACGAUGACAGAACAAUUUCUAACCUGACAUACAUUAAUAGACAUCACAGAUAUUAAUAGAUCCUACCAAUAAUAACACAAAAGGAUCAUGUGAAGAACAUAUUAAUAUAUUUAUUUAAAAGGACCAGAAGUGAAAUAUAUAAAAAAUGUAUGUGUAUGAUAUAAUGCAUGACACAUGUAUUGCACAAACAAACUGACACUUUCUUUCUGUCAGUAGUUGGACUAAUAUUGUCAUUUUAAAUGUAGUUUAGUCAAAUAUUUCUAUUUUCUCAUCACCCUUGUCAUCACCACAGACAGACAUAGUGCCUGCAAUUGUAAAUGUUACAAGUAUCACUGAUGUCACACCAAUGUUGCUGACUUGCAUUCUACUGUGGUUGGCGACAUUGAUAUUAGUACUGGUUGUUCGUGUUAGUUUCUAAGAUAUAGCGAGGGCAGAACAGAUGCAAGUCUAAAUGCACAUUAUUUGAAGGCAGCAGAAGAAAAUACAUGUAAUCACUCGAAGUUGGUUCUGGUUUCAGGACUUGCUUCGUGUUACUGUUACUCUUCUUUAAACCAGUCAAUUCCUGACUUUUACUCUUGUAAAUUCCUGAAAGAAAAUUCAUUUUAUACUGGAUAAAGUAUUGGGAUAGCUUUUGAUGCUUCAGUUUUUCUGUGUGAUUAUGAUGAAACUGUCAGGCUCACUCAAAAGUUAAAAGGAAAACUUCAAAGAUCCACAUUUUAUAUGAAGAACUAAAAAGCCCUUUAUUUUUAUGUCAUGUCUUGCUUGCCUUCUGCAUCAUCAAGUGAGCUUUGUAAGCUCACAAGUAGUUUUAACAGACUCCCUCUAGUAAAAGAUUUGAUUAAAUACUUUCUUCCCUGUUGUUACUGGAGAUAUUUAACAACUUCUUUUCCUUUUUCAUGCAGAAAGAAGAUGGAAAAAGAUAGAGUAAGCAUCUCACCGCGAAGAAGUCCUCCCCUCCGAGAAGAGCUAAGACAAACAUCUCAGCGCAGUUUCUACCUAAGCCCAGCUCCGCUCUUUAUUCAGCCCCCCAAAUUUUCUCCAGCUAGAUAUCCCAGCAUAUCACCCACCAGAGAUGCCUACAGUGCUUUUAGUCCACCUCUUUUCUUUCCCAUGCUUGGCCCCAGUUACACCCUCAAAGAAGGAUCCCAAAAACGCAAAAGGACUCCCUUAAAAGUAGAUGGCCAUGAGGGAGGUGAAUCUCCUGAGAAGGAGGCAGAAGAGGCAGAAGAAAGCCGCAGUAAGAAGACAGUGGACCUGCCACACAUUCCCUUUUCCCUCCCACCUCGUCCGUUUCCGUCUCCAUCUCCAAAACCCAUCCCUGGCAUGAUCGAGCUCAACAGCCUGCAGCUUCAACACAGACCUCCAGAUGUGAAUUUUCCUGUGCAGGUAAAACAGGAGCCACUCAGUCCUUCCCCCAUCUGGCCACCCUCUCCUCUGCUUCUUCACCCGCCCUACUUCCCACCUCUCCACCACAGCCUUCUCCCUUACCCCUUCUUUAUGCCUGGCCCUAUCAUGCACCACCCCCAUGGUGGUUUCUACCCCAGAGAGGACCUCCGCCCCAGUCAUAGCGCCCGUGAAGGAGCUCCUCGAAGUGGUACGAGCAGCGCUGAGAAGCUCGGUCUCAAUGUUCACGUAGAUGACAGCUACUAUGUGGACGUUGGCGGAGACCAGAAGAGAUGGAAGUGUCGAAUGUGUGAGAAGUCCUACACAUCCAAGUAUAACCUGGUCACACACAUCCUGGGUCACAACGGCAUCAAACCACACGGAUGUCACCUGUGUGGGAAGCUAUUUAAGCAGCUGAGCCACCUGCAUACACACCUACUCACACACCAGGGAAUGAGGCCCCACAAGUGCCAGGUGUGCCACAAGGCCUUCACCCAGACCAGCCACCUGAAGAGACACAUGAUGCAGCACAGUGACGUGAAGCCAUACAGCUGCAGUGUGUGCGGUCGAGGUUUCGCUUAUCCCAGCGAGCUUCGAGCCCACGAGCUGAAGCAUGAAAAAGGUCAAGAGAAUGUAUGUGUGGAGUGUGGUCUAGACUUCCCCACACUGGCACAGCUAAAGAGGCACCUGACCGUCCACCGAGGUCCCACAUUGUACAGGUGUACAGAGUGCCAGAAGACUUUCCAGUAUCCCAGUCAGCUUCAGAACCACAUGAUGAAACACAAAGACAUCAGACCGUAUAUCUGCAGUGAGUGUGGGAUGGAGUUCAUCCAGUCGCACCACCUGAAACAGCACACGCUCACUCAUAAAGGGGUGAAGGAGCACAAGUGUCGCAUCUGUGGUCGUGAAUUCACCCUGUUGGCCAACAUGAAGCGUCACGUCCUCAUCCACACCAACAUUCGGGCCUACCAGUGCCACAUGUGCUUUAAGAGUUUCGUCCAGAAACAGACUCUAAAGGCUCACAUGAUCGUCCACUCGGACAUCAAGCCCUAUAAAUGCAAGCUUUGUGGGAAAGAAUUCAACAGGAUGCACAACCUAAUGGGCCACAUGCAUCUCCACUCAGACAGCAAACCCUUCAAAUGCCUAUACUGCCAGAGCAAGUUCACACUGAAGGGGAACCUCACCAGACACAUGAAGGUUAAACAUGGUGUCAUGGACAGAGGCCUGGAUGAGAGACUAUUUAGGCAAAGAGGGCGUUUCUGUCUGACCACCCCGAUGGACCUCCUCACCCACUUCAGCCAAGAGGAACCGUUUGACCUCUCCCAGAAACCCCCGGGUCUGCCCAGCCUCCGUCUCUCCCAGUCUGAUGGUGAGAGCGUCCCGGGAAGCUCCUGUCAGGAGGAGGAGGAUGAGGAGAGUUUGUACAGAAGGAGCCAGUACAGCCCUGAAGUAGACCACCACGAGGAAGCAGGUGCUCAGUACAUCCCUGAGCUGGAGGAAAGAAGGCAGGGAUCCCCUGGUGAACCGAGGGAAGGCAAGAGACAGAAACAGCAGAAGUACCAGGAAAGUUUAGAGGAUGAGACGUUUGAGAGGGAGUCAGUAGCAGAAGGUCAAUCUAAAGUUCCCAGAGGUAACAAGGUGCAGCUAUUGGAGUCCGAGACAUCCUAUGAAUCAGAUGCAGAAUUAGGUGAGCAGGUGUGCCGCCAAAAAAUGGUCUGUAGACAGUCAUAUGAAUAUGACUCAGAAGAAGAAGAAGCACAUCAGCUAGAGCUAGAUGAACCAAAACAAAGAAAAGAAAAGUUGGAUAACUUUCACAAGGCCAUUGAUGUGGAAGAGACAAACAAAUACGAGCGCAUUGCUCAAAGAGUUUACGGGUCAAACGGUGAAGAAGACAAACAUGAAGAAAAGUGAGUCAAAGACUCAGAAGAUAAUUAAAUGUGUAGCAUUGUUUCUUGUUUAAAACUAAGUGGUUGUUUUGGAGGGCAACGACAAUAUGCAUGCUUCCAAACAUCUCUGAUUAGGGAAGGGUGGUGAGUAGCAGUGAAUGAACUUGUUGUUUAUUACCAGAGCAAAAAAAUCAAGAAUAAAUACAAGCUGUGAAGAAUAUUGCAUGUAAAAAACAUAUCAAAUUAUCAUUAAUAGUGACUGACAGAAGCUUUGGCUGGAAACGUGCGAUGUAAAUAAAAUGCAAACAGAUAUUUAAUGUUUUAGUUUUUUACAAAUCAUUUUGAAAUGUUGCUUAAAUAUGUAACUCUGGUUUGACUCAGAAUCUAAUCUGUGAUAUUAAAAUUUUAAGUGUUACUGAUCACACCAUUGUACAUGCUCUACUCUUGUUUGUGUGAUAUUGUUCUAAAAGUCAGCAAAAAACUGGAUGAAAAAUGUUUUUGACAGACACAAUUGAAAAAAAAAAGCUAAAAUGAUUUUGUUUUUUUACAUUCUAUGUCUCGAUUGUUUUUUAUGCACAUGCUCUUUUUUGGAGAUAUUUCUGUGUUUUAUUGCAAUGUUGGUGAUCUGAAUAUGAUUCUGAUGAAUAAAUACUGAAAUAAAAGCUUGAAUACACAAACUUGAUGCUUUUUCUCACUAAAUGCCUUAUAAACAUCGCUGCAAAUGUCUUUAAAGCAUAUGAGCCUAGAUGCUAAAUUUCGAUUCUCUCCGUCUCGCACAUACCGAGCGAGAAAUGAUUGCUGCGAGUUUCAGAAAGCUUGCCUCUCUCCUCCUGCUUCUCUUUCAAAGCAGAGGAAGAGGAAGAGAAAACACCUCUCCCCUUCUCUCUUUUAGGUUGUGAUCAAACAGCAGUGACGGACACAGUGGGUGUCCCAGACAAAGGCUUCAUAUGUCUGUAUGACUCAGAAUAAAGCAUUGUUUCUCCUCGUUGCAGAAGUCUCACUGAAAAUAGAAAUACUACAUGAAAAAAUGUUGUACAAUGCGCUGUGUGGGAUAACUCGCACUUAAGAUUGCUGGAUUAUAAAGAAAUGAGCA